GCAAACAACCAGCCCAAAAACGGCAGCGCGGCCAUGUUGAAUUGUCGAUAUUCCUCAAGAAGACAAAAGAGUGAAAACUCUGGUGGAUUUCAACAAACAGCGAACUCAAUUACCCGGUCGACGAAACGUUAAAGCAACAGCCACAACGGGGAAGAAGACUUUGGGUUGGAUAAAGCAAAGUGAAGGUUACCUGGAUGUUUUUUGUUAAUCGGCAAUUCCCAAAGCACUUUGCAGACUGUCAUCUCAACUUUUGCUGCAGAAGUAAAGGAAAACCGGGACAAGAUAAUCACAGACAUUUAAAGUGAACUGUCCAUGUUCAAGACAAACUUGCUGGAGUGACUUUUUCUGAGCCCCAGCAAAAGACGUUUGAAGACUUUUUUGAUAUCAAAGGAACAAAUCAUAAGAAUAGUCCGAGACGUGACCAAGCAGAUCAUAUUUUACUACUGGCCAUUUUGAAUGUAUAAAACAUAGCACUUGGAUUUAAAAGCCAAGAUACUCGAAAAAAAACACAUAAGGAAAAUUUUGGAUCAUCAUUACAGCAAGGAUAGGAGUACUCUGACAAACAAUUUUGAAAAAAAAAAGAGUUUAUGUUUUGGUCACAUAUUUGAUUUAUUUAUUCAUAUGAAUGUUAAUUUCUCCCUUUUUUGGAGAGUUGUCUUGUAAAUAGACAGAAUUCAUACGCAGACCUCUUCUUUUCAAGAGGUCUGAACGUCAGAUUGUGUACACAAUACAUUCUUUAAAAAAGAAAGAGAAAAGAUAUUUUUAUUUUUUCAGCUUUUAGGUUUUUUUUUUUUUUUACACACGGGUGCAUUAAGCAAAACAUUGGUGAAGAAGAGGCAAAUAUAACACACUGAGGAAAAUUCCCAGUUAAUGUGUUGGACUCAUGGCUACUGCAAGAACAGCAAACCCAGCACCAAUGCUUGGAUUGAACAAACCAGCAAAUGGGCAGCUCAGAGGACAGGCGGGACUCCUUGCGCCUGCCCAGCAGCCGAAUGCCCUCCAGAAAAGGACCAGCAUUCCUCAAAGCAGUGGGGGCAUCAAGUUUGGUGAUGACUGGAAGAAGUGCCUGGAGCUUCCUCCAAGAGACACCAGGAUGAGAACUUCGGAUGUGACAUCAACUAAGGGAAAUGAAUUUGAAGACUACUGCCUAAAGCGGGAGCUGUUAAUGGGAAUCUUUGAAAUGGGAUGGGAGAAACCGUCCCCUGUCCAGGAGGAAAGCAUCCCCAUCGCUCUGUCAGGCAGAGAUAUUUUGGCUCGGGCCAAGAAUGGCACAGGAAAAAGUGGAGCCUACCUCAUCCCUCUCCUGGAGAGGAUAGACCUGAAGAAGGAUCACAUACAGGCCAUAGUAAUGGUGCCAACAAGAGAGUUGGCCCUGCAGAUGAGCCAGAUCAGCAUUCAGCUCAGCAAACACCUAGGAGGGGUCAAGGUCAUGGCUACCACAGGUGGCACCAACCUGAGGGAUGACAUCAUGCGGCUUGAUGAGACAGUGCAUGUAGUGAUUGCUACACCAGGCAGGAUACUAGACCUGAUCAAGAAGGGUGUGGCAAAAAUGGAUAAGGCCCAGCUGAUUGUGAUGGAUGAGGCAGAUAAGCUGCUGUCCCAGGACUUCGUGGUCCUGAUUGAAGAUAUAAUCAGCUUCAUGCCAAAGGAUCGUCAGGUCCUGCUUUACUCUGCCACUUUCCCCGUCACUGUGCAGAAAUUCAUGAGCAAGCACCUGAAGAAGCCUUAUGAGAUCAACCUGAUGGAGGAACUGACCUUGAAGGGCAUCACCCAGUACUACGCCUAUGUGACUGAGAGACAAAAGGUCCACUGUCUCAACACACUCUUUUCUAGGCUUCAGAUCAACCAGUCUAUCAUCUUCUGUAACUCAACCCAGAGGGUUGAGCUUCUGGCCAAGAAAAUCACCCAACUGGGUUAUUCGUGCUUCUACAUUCAUGCAAAGAUGAUGCAGGAAUACAGGAACCGUGUGUUCCACGACUUCAGGAAUGGACUGUGCAGAAACCUGGUCUGCACAGACCUAUUCACUCGGGGAAUUGACAUCCAGGCAGUGAAUGUGGUCAUCAACUUUGACUUCCCCAAAAACGCAGAGACCUACCUGCAUCGCAUUGGCAGAUCAGGGCGUUUCGGUCACCUGGGUCUGGCCAUCAAUCUGAUAACUUCAGAAGACCGCUACAACCUGAAGAACAUUGAGGAUCAACUUGUCACUGACAUUAAGCCCAUCCCCAGCUGCAUCGAUAAGAGUCUGUAUGUGGCAGAGUUUCACUCUGUUGACCCAGAUGCCGAUGAUGACGACGACGACGACGGCGGAGUCAAACACAAGGAAUUGGGAGCAAUCUGAGUGAAUGGAGAAACACGGCGCCUGGCAUUCAUCACACAAUAUUGGCUUCGCAUCACACAAAAUUCCAAGUGAUGAUUUCUGUUCCCCAUUUUGCCACCAAAAUGGUCUAUUUUUAGAUUUCUUUUCAUUUCCAGUUUGAGUUUACAGCAAUCUCCAGUUCUGUCUUGUGCAUAUGUUGGUAAACUGGUAUCUUUCCAUUACCACUUCAAUCAGUUGAACUUUCAACCACACUGCCAGAGAUGGUCAUUGUGCAUGUGAUUUUGGCUAUUGCUUAAGUCUGUCAUUGAACUCAGUCACUCUUGACAAUAGAUGGGACAUUGUCAUCAUUGACUUUCAUUGAUUUUGCUGUAAGAAAGAAAAUGUGAAACCAAAGGUAGACUUAGAGGAUAGAGCCCAGUUCACAUCCUUGCUGUGCAGAUCAACUACAUAUGGCAGUGUGCACAUCCUGCUGACAUGCCUUUUGAGCAGAUGCUUUAAAGGAAACACGCUUUUUUUUUUUUAAACAACCUACACUCAGUGGUUACUUUUAUUUGAUGCACCUGAAUUGAUAGCCUGAAUUCGUCAUUGCAACAAGGUGCUGGAAACAUUCCUGAGACUGGUUCAUGUGGACAUGAUAGCCUCAUGCAGAUCUGGUGACUGAUGGAGGAGACUCAUUGUCAUGUUUGAGAUGAUGUGUCCUGCAAAGAAAUAGCCAUUAGAAGAUUGGUAGACUGUGGCCAUAAAGGGAUGCACAUGGUCAGUACUCAACUAGGCUCUGGCCCAGUUAGUAUUAAAUGGCCAGAAUUGUAACAAAAAGAUAUUCUUAAAGUCAUUACGCCACUGCCACCAGCCUGAAAUGUUGUUUUCAUAUUGUUUACACCAAAUUCUGACUCUACCAUCUGGGCCAGGUGACAUUUUUUCCAAUCAUCUGCUGUGCAGUGUUGGUGAGCCCGUCUCCUCUAGCCUCUGUUUUCUUUGUCUGCGUAGCUCUGCUGUAACACAUGGUUAUUUGUUACUGUUGCCUUCCUGUCAGCUUGAACCAGUCUGGCCAUUCUCCUCUGACCUCUCUCAUUAACAAGGCACUUUGGCUGUCACAGCUGCCACUCAUGGGAUAUUUUUUUUUAUUUCUUUUUGCCUGUAAACCCAAUAGACUUUAGUGAAAAUCCCAGGAGAUUAGCACCAACAAUCAUUCCACAGUUAAAUUCCCUUAGAUCACAGCUCUUCUCUAUUCUGACAUUUGGUCCAUGUCUGCAUGCGCUUACACAUCGACUAGUUGUUCAUUAAUGAGCAGGUGUACCUAAUAAUGUGGCCACUGAGUGUAGUUAUUUUUGUAGCUUUGGCCGUCAUUCCAGGUUGGUUCUAAAACAUUUUACCCAGCAACUUUAUUGCUGACAUUUGGGGAUGCAGUGGUAAAAUAAAGUAUUGACUGUACACAUAUCCAUCGUUAAACCAAAUUAACAUCCUUCAAAAGGGAACCAAAGUUGGAAGAGUUGACAAAGAAUUACAAAAGUAAGAAUAGAGAAGGCUUCAGAAACCAAAAUGACCACUUUGCUCUGAGCGAUGUUUAAAAAAGGGCUGCUAUGGUGCUCCAGUAGAGCACCUGAAACGGUGUUGCUGAUAGUGAACCUCUCUACUUUUUUUAUAUUGAAGUGUUUACUGCAGAAAUAAGAUAUUUAAAGAUGACACUGUAGUGCAUUUUGUCAAAGCACAGAUCCCAUAAGGACAAUAAGUCAGUAUUUAAUUGUGAAAUUCCGUUGAUCUCUUUAAAGCCAUAGCACCAGGCAGCAUUUUCUCAGGCCUUGAGGUUAUCAGUAAUUAACAUGAAAGGAUGAGUGGCCUUAGUUGACAUGAUGAAACCGGCCAACUUAUUCAGCCAUUUUUUAAUGUAGAUUCUGUGUCCAUUCUUCCCUCCAAAGUGCCUUAGUCUAACGUCAAACCUCUACUUUGCCCAGGUUCUCGUUCAAAGUGUGUAUUAUAGGUAAAAUGGCACCCAAACAAUUCCUUAUUUGUUUGUUUUGAAAGCACAGUUACAGUCUGAAAGGAUUUGCAGUUUUCCCGUAUUUGUAAGAAAUGCAUUUGUCUUAUGACAAAUUGUAAAUAUGCUGACCAGCUGUCUUGAAUAUAUUACAGCAUUGGACUUCUUGACUUCUGCACAAUGUCACAAAAGAUAAUGCAUUUCGAAUUUAAAACUUUAAUACUGUGAAAUUUCCAGCUGACUUUUCUUUUUUUUUUUAUUAUUCCUUGUUUGACAAUUGCAUUACUGCCAAGCACCAGCAGGAAAGGGACCCAUGCAUGUGCCCUUUUCUAAAGCAUCUGAAGUAGUAAUUAGCUCUAACUCUCUUCAUGUCUGACCCUGGAGUGCCCUUGUUGAUGAUAGAUUUUGGUUCCCCAAUUUUUUAGCCUCAGUGCAGGCAACAUUUGAAUCCUUUCAUGACCAUUAUCUGAGUAGGUUGUAACCUGAGACCAUGUUGUCCCAUCACUGUAUUUUGGAGAAAUGAUGACUUGAUGACCACAUGAUUUGUUAAGUAGAAAGACAGACAGGCAACAAUUUUCUGUUAAAUGUGUCAAUGCCAGCGCCUGAAACGAAUUAAACUCCAACAAACUAA